GGAUGGUGGCUGCCGUUUUUUUUUGUGUCUUGCCAGUUUUUUUUGGGUGCUGAUCUUCUCUGGUGAAUUGUUGCUGAGAAAAAAAUAAGCCGGAGGGCAGAGAAAGGUGCCCGGCGGGAGGAAAUAGAGGCGACGAAAUAAAACAUGGCAUCGGGCGAUACUUUGUAUAUCGCUGCGGACGGCUCGGAAAUGCCGGCCGAGAUCGUGGAGCUUCACGAGAUCGAAGUGGAGACGAUCCCGGUGGAAACGAUUGAGACGACGGUGGUGGAGGGGGACGAGCACCAGCCCAUGAUCGCCCUGCAGCCGCUCAGCGACGACCCGAGCCAGGUCCACCAGGAGGUGAUCCUGGUGCAGACGCGGGAAGAGGUGGUGGGAGAUGACGCCGAGCUGCGGGCCGAAGACGGUUACGAGGAUCAGAUCCUGAUCCCGGUGCCGUCGGCAGGGGCCGAGGAGGAAUUCAUCGAGCAGACGCUGGUGACAGCCGUCUCGGGCAAGAGCCGUAUCAAGAAGGGGGCCGGCAAGAAGGCGACCAAGAAGAGUUAUCUAAACGACGGGGGGCUGGACAGGACCGGCAGGAAAUGGGAGCAGAAACAAGUGCAGAUCAAGACCCUGGAGGGGGAAUUCUCGGUCACGAUGUGGGCUUCGGAUGAUAAGAAGACUGAUAUCGACCAUGAAACAGUGGUGGAGGAACAGAUUAUUGGAGAAAAUUCUCCACCUGAUUACUCUGAAUACAUGACUGGAAAGAAACUUCCCCCUGGUGGAAUACCUGGUAUUGAUCUCUCUGACCCAAAACAGCUGGCAGAGUUUGCAAGAAUGAAGCCAAGGAAGCAGAAGGAAGAUGAUGCACCUCGAACCAUAGCAUGCCCUCACAAAGGUUGCACUAAAAUGUUUAGAGAUAACUCUGCCAUGAGAAAGCAUUUGCAUACUCAUGGUCCACGAGUACAUGUCUGUGCUGAGUGUGGAAAAGCUUUUGUGGAGAGCUCAAAACUGAAACGACAUCAGCUUGUUCAUACUGGAGAAAAACCCUUCCAGUGUACAUUUGAAGGAUGUGGAAAACGCUUUUCACUGGACUUCAAUUUGCGCACUCAUGUGCGAAUCCAUACUGGAGACAGGCCCUAUGUUUGUCCUUUCGAUGGAUGUAAUAAGAAGUUUGCCCAAUCAACUAAUCUGAAGUCUCACAUCUUAACACAUGCCAAGGCCAAAAACAACCAGUAGAUUUCUCCAGGAGGGAAGCACCUAGUCCUUAGCAGGGCAUUAUAUGACCACAUUUGGGCAUAAUGUUGACCUUCCCUUUGUAUAUUUCUAGAGAAGAAUUUUAAAUAACAAAAACAAAGACUUGUUUUGAUAAAGUAGUCACAAGGUUGGAGAUGAUGCUAGGAUGCUCUUCUGUUUUUGUCCUGUAUUCCUGUUUCAAUAAUGCCUUGGUGUUUUCUAAUGAACACAUUACUCUGGGGCCAUAAAAGCCCUGAUGAACUUGCAUUUAUCAAAAGUCAGUUCUUUACCUGACAAUGCUAGAAAUUGGACUUUCAGCAUUCAUAUAAAUAUGACACUUUCCCAGUGCUUGGAGCAAUUCACAUUUUUAAUUUUGUAUUUUCCAGGUGUGCAUAUUGUACACUCAUUUGGAUAUGCUAGUAAUGCAGAUGCUAUGUGAUUUUUUUUUUGAAUUUAAUUUUUUUUUGCUUGUAAUAGUUCCUUUUUAAAAAAACAUAGAAUUGGCAGUAACUGUACUACAUGCAUAUUUCAGAGUUAUUUCCUGUAUAAAGUUUUGAGAGUUUUUGGUUUGCUAUCUUAAUUUGGUUAUAUUCUUUGAUGUUAACACAUUUUGUAUAAUUGUAUCGUAUAACUGUAAUGAAAUCAUGUAGUAUCAAAAUUAUAGUACAGUGAUUCAAUGGUGUUAAUCAAUUUAAAACCUGUUUUAGUCAGUUUUUUUUUGGUAUGUACUGCCGGAUGCUAAAGUCUAAUGUAAUUUCUAUUAGAGCCUAUUUCAGUUGUGUUAUGCAAAAAAGCAAUGCUCGGUUCCAUUAGUAGAAUGUAUUGUGCAGGCACUGACCUUUUAUUAACACCUGUUACAAUGUACGUCCCAUGUACUAAUUAGAUAAAGGCCAACAAUAAAGUGUGGUCCUGAAGCAAGCACUUGUUAGAAAGUGAUUUGCAGAGCAUUAUGAUUCUCCUAACUGCUUUAAAUCCAGCAUGAGCAUUGAGUAAGACAAAAACAGAGUGAACCUAUAAUAAGAUUUAUAUAAAAGAACACUAAAAGAGAUGAUCAAUUCCUGUGCAACUCCAUUAUAAUCUUUCUGAGCUUUCCUAUGUUGCUGUAAAUGGUAAUUUGGUGGUCUUUUCAAAUUCCCAAACACAAGUAACUAUAUUCAGAAUGAUAAGGAUGUGUGACCCUUGAUGCAAUGGAGUAUUAGUCUCUGUUUAGUUUAAAUUGUAAGUACUGUAGGCUGACUUUGGAAAUAAAUCUUUUUUCUGUUUUUAACUUUUCAGAGGAGUUUUGUAUUAGAUAUUUAAUGCAUUUUUUUUUCUGCUGAAUGUAUAAUGUCUUAAUUAUGUCAUAGGCACUACAUAAAGGUGAUGCAGGA